AGCUGGCUGUUCCGACUUCGGCCUCCUGCAUCUUCCUGGAGAAAGAGAAUGGACAUAGCUCUCUUCUCUCCAUCAUCGCUCUUCUCCGAGGGAGACGGAGAGGAAGAUCAUGUUUGUGCUGGCGAGGAAAACACUGAUGUUGAAGAUACCCAUGUAGAGAGGAGGCACCAGUUUCCUGGAAUGGACUUGAUUAUCAGAGAAUUUUCCUUUCAUCAACUGAACGCUAAUUUACUCUGGCCUGGGACAUUUGCAUUUGCAGAAUGGUUAGUUCAACACAAGUCAUGCAUUGAAGGACGACGCAUCAUUGAAUUGGGAAGUGGCACAGGUGCUUUGGCCAUAUUUCUUCAAAAGUCAUUUCAUCUUGAUGUUACAACAUCUGACUAUGACGAUAUAGAAAUUGAGGAGAACAUAGCUCACAACUGCAGAGUGAAUAAAGUACCUGUCAUUCCUCAUGUAAGGCAUACCUGGGGAGAUAAGUUUCCAAAUUCUCCUCCUGACUGGGAUCUGAUCAUUGCAAGUGAUAUUUUAUUGUAUGUGAAACAGUAUGCAAAUUUGAUACAGACUAUUUCCUUUCUUCUCAAAUGUUACAAACCGAGCAAAGGAACAUCAUCUUAUCCUCCAAAAGAGAAUAACGGAGAUGUGGUGUUACCAAAGCCAGCUUUUCUGAUGAGCUGGAGACGCAGAAUUGGAAAGGAAGACGAAUCCCUUUUCUUCAAUGGUUGUGAGGGUGCCGGUCUGGAAGUGCAGCAUCUGGGAUCUCGCGUAUAUUGCAUUACGCCUCGGGAAAACGAGAAAUCAGAGACGUGAAGUUGAUCAAAUACCAAAUAUGCCUGGUAAGCAUGGUUCAUGAAAAGGGGAACGGAUAGUGAAGUCGAAUUUUGGAAGUUUGGUUCAUUAACUGAGUUACUUCCUGUCAUAGGUAGCUUUUCUUGUAAAAUGUACAUCUAAUAGUUGGUUAAAAGCAGAUGAUACUCAAUACCUCCACUUGAAAUUUGUCAACGUGAUCAAAGUGUAAUGCACGUUCCAAUUUCUUUUACUUGUCUUACUUUCUUCAUCA